AUAAACGGACAUACAAUUUUAUCCCAGCGUUGCUCAGGUCAGAUGUCAACUCAAAAGUCUCAGGACAGGACCCUAGACAAGGUAUCAGAAGACUGAGAACUUCAUUUGUUUGAAGUUUUAAACAACAGAACAAGACAACUGAAAUUCUUAAAUUGAUAAAAAAUGUAUUUGGUGUUGAUGGAAGCGACAGAUGAUUCAUUAUUGUGAUUUUUAUAAAGAUUUUGAACAAAUCAUGAUACGUUAUAUUAGUCAAAUAAUUGAGUAAUUUAGAUAAUAAUGAUAAUCGUUCCCGUUUAAGAAUUUUUAAUAUCCUUAUAAAUAAAGACUGUGGAGAUGCUGGUUAUGAAGACUACUAUAGUACACAUCCAUGGGAUGGUGAAAAUGAUAAUGAUAUUGAUUCUGAAAAGCAUGGAAAAGAUCCUGAGUAUACAGUGUAUGAAUGUUUGAGAGUUGAUGAAGUCGAAAGAUUAUUGAAUGAAAAUGUUGAAUUUUUAAGCACAACGUUAAAUAUUACCCCAUCUAUGGCAAAGUUAUAUUUACAUGCUUACAAAUGGGCAAUUCAAGAAAUAAUUUCUAACUAUCAAAAUAAAACACUAGAUGUGACCGUUUGUCAAAAAAUGAAGAUUUCAGAGCUAUUAGAAUCUCCUUUUACAAAAUGUCCAGCAGAAAAUGUAUGUUUAGUAUGUUACUCAUCUUUAUCAAUAGAGCAAUUUAGUACAUUGAAUUGUGGACAUUUAUUUUGCAAGAAUUGUUGGUGUAUACAUUUUGAAACACAAAUUUUGCAAGGAAUUUCUACAGGUAUCAGUUGUAUGGCAAAUAAUUGUAAUGCAUUAGCACCAGAAGAUUUCGUAUUAUCUCUCUUAACGAAGCCUGUUAUGCGAGAACGAUAUCAACAAUUUGUUUUUCGAGAUUAUGUCAAAUCACAUCCGCAGCUGCGAUUCUGCCCUGGGCCUAAUUGUCAAAUAGUAAUAAAAUCCAAAGAACCACGGUCUAAACGAGUAAUAUGUAAUAUUUGUAAAACAGUAUUUUGUUUCCGGUGUGGUAUGGAUUAUCACGCACCAACAGAUUGUAGUACUAUACGAAAAUGGCUGACAAAGUGUGCUGAUGAUUCAGAAACAGCUAAUUACAUUAGUGCGCAUACAAAAGAUUGCCCUAAAUGUCAUAUAUGUAUAGAAAAAAAUGGAGGUUGCAAUCAUAUGCAAUGCUAUAACUGUAAACAUGAUUUUUGCUGGAUGUGUCUAGGAGAUUGGAAAACGCAUGGCAGUGAAUAUUAUGAAUGUUCAAGAUAUAAAGAAAAUCCAAAUAUUGCUCAUGAAAGCGUUCAUGCUCAAGCACGUGAAGCAUUAAAAAAAUACUUGCAUUAUUACGAAAGGUGGGAAAAUCACAGUAAAUCGUUAAAAUUAGAAGAACAAACGAUGGAGGAAAUAAAGUUACGCAUAAAUAAAAAAGUUAUGAAUUCAAGUGGUACCUGGAUAGAUUGGCAACAUUUAUUCGAAGCAGCAUCAUUAUUAGCUCGCUGUCGUUAUACUUUACAGUAUACGUAUCCUUAUGCGUAUUACAUGGAAGGAGGUCCCCGAAAAGAGUUGUUCGAAUAUCAACAAGCUCAAUUGGAAGCCGAAAUUGAAAACUUAUCUUGGAAAAUUGAGCGAGCAGAAACAACAGAUCGUGGUGAUUUAGAAAAUCAAAUGGAUAUUGCUGAAAAGAGGAGAAAAACACUUUUGAAAGAUUUUCUAGAAGUAUAGAUUGUUAUAUUGUUUUUCAGUAAAUUAAAUGAUUUUCUGAACUUUUUUCAAAAAUAAAUUCAGAAAAUCCAAGUAUGCAUAUAGAAUAAAAUAUUUAAAUAAACAUUUUAAACAAUUCUACAUAUAAUAUAUCUUUGCAUAUUCCAAGAUAGAUUGUUAUUAUUUCCCAAAUUCGCGAGGCAAUAACCGAGCAACGUUCAGCUACUCGAAUGUGAGAUUCUCGUAAAUACUCACUGGUAUAUCGGUACUUCGACGAAUAAAAAGCUCACAGGGCUUUUUAUCGUUCACCUCUACAGACUACUAAAUCGCUACUCUGUACAAAUUUUCAUUUCUGCGAUUCCUAUAUGUGCUCAGAGACACGUCGGGAAGACCUAGGACUGAUGUUCUUUUUUUCUUUUAUUAGUCUGUUUGAUCAAUUUUGUUAUUUCCAAGAUUCUUAUUCAAGUCAUUUCCUCUGUUACUCAUCCCCGCUCGAGAUAUGUUUUAGAUGUCAAGG